CAGUCUCAACGCCUUCUUUUUGCGCCGCCCGCUUUCCCUCCCUGAAUUCCGCCUGCACUGGCCAAACACCUACCCGUCUGCCUCACCACCCACCUCCCCUUCAUCCAUUCAUCCAUCCCACCCGCCUUCCCCCAUCUUCACACACCACCACACCCCUCCUCCGACCAUCCCUCUCCUUCGCCGCGGCACUCCAUACCCUCUUUUUCCGCGAAACAGUCGUUGACGGGUUGCGCAGAUGGCGGAGAUCCGUCGCAAGUUGGUCAUUGUUGGUGAUGGUGCGUGCGGAAAGACGUGUCUGCUCAUCGUCUUCUCCAAGGGCACUUUCCCCGAGGUCUACGUGCCCACCGUCUUCGAGAACUACGUUGCCGAUGUCGAGGUGGAUGGCAAACACGUGGAACUAGCGUUGUGGGAUACGGCGGGCCAGGAAGACUACGACCGACUGCGACCCCUGUCCUACCCCGACUCGCACGUCAUCCUCAUCUGCUUCGCCGUCGACUCCCCCGACUCCCUCGACAAUGUGCAAGAGAAGUGGAUCUCGGAGGUUCUGCAUUUCUGCCAGGGCCUGCCCAUUAUCCUUGUCGGAUGCAAGAAGGACUUGAGAUACGAUGCCAAGACGAUGGAGGAGCUGCACAAGACGUCGCAGAAGCCGGUGACCCCUGAGCAGGCCGAAGACGUGCGCAAGAAGAUUGGCGCGCAGAAAUACCUGGAAUGCUCGGCCAAGACCAAUGACGGGGUGAGGGAGGUGUUUGAGCACGCGACGCGCGCCGCCCUGCUCACCAGGGCAUCAAAGAGCGGGAGGAAAAAGUUCUGCAUGAUCUUGUAAACGAAGACAUGCACCGCACUCCCCUGCCCAACCGUGUUGCAACGAGCAAGGCGGUGACGAACUCUGGUAAUGAGUGGAAGUGGCCGAUGCGAGCGGCACAGGGGUAAAGUGAUGACGGAGAAUCGGUCGGUCUCUAUCUUUCCGUGACUGGAGUAGCACUGAAUCUGGGGUUUGAUUGCUGUCUUUUUUCUCGAUGGGAUUACCUUCUUUCAAGAUUGCCUGUUUUACUCGUGGUGCUGAGGGGCUUUGCUUGUGUCGAGAGGGGCAUGUCUUUUGAUGAUGAUUAUGUGGAUGGGAGGGGGCGAGACGUGCAAGCAAUCAGACAGGCAGACAGUCAGACACGAAGUGCAUGCAUGGAAUU